AUGGGUGACCCUCCACCUCUAUUGGAUCGACCGCAGUCACAUUGCAUUUCCACCACCGACCAUUUACCAUGCGAUGUCAUCCGUUCUCUUUGGCUUGUGCAACGGCUAAAUCUCGAGGUCGACAAGAUCAAACGUCGUUUUCACCACGACGCGAAAGCCGCCGAGACGAAGUCCGAUGAUCCCAAACUCUGGGAUCGGAUACAGCGAGAUAAACGGCGUGUGGAGUGGCUCAACUCUCAAGCAGUUGCGGAAACCCAGGCUAUCUUACGACAGCUUGAGUGUCAUCGGCAAUGGCUCCUCGAUUCAGCAGCGCAACAAGAGCAAAUCAAAUCGACCAAAGAAGAGGCAAAGGAGAGACAGAACAGUCUUGAGUUGCGUCUCCAGCUCAUGAAACACUACGAAGAGCACCCGCUCAACUCGCAUUUGGAAGCACUCAAAGAGGACGUCCCUCAAGAAAAACUUAAGCUUGUGCUCAAAGUUCCCGCGUCGGCGAAGAUGGUGGCUGCUAAACCGAAAAAAUCUAGUCGUCCAGUUGGUCGUCCCCGUUUGAAGACCGCUAAUGACAAGCGCGUAAACGGUGCAAUCACUGUCACUCGCGAGCUUCGACAGCGCAAUAGCACACCUACACCCACUCCAGAGCCAAGCACCAAUCAUCUGAUAUCAACUCCCCGACGUACCAGGUCCAGCACACCCACUCCGGCUACCUCAUCAGUAUCGCCAAUUGAGUCCAAGUCAACAACACCUCCGGAUUUGGAUGAAGCUAAUGUUAGCCAGGUUAUCAAGCCACGUUCCAAGACACUAUUGAAGUCGAGCCCAAGGAAGAAUUUGAAGAGAAGUCCGAAAAAGAAUGGCUUCAAGACUCCGCUAAAAGCGAAUCUUAAGACCUCGUUGAAGGCAAGCUCAGAAGCUCAACUGAAACCAAAGCCAAAGAGACCGGUCGGUAGACCGCGCAAGAAUCCUGUAAAGGUCGAAAUAGAGCUGGACAUGGAAGAGAUUGAAGAAGAGAAAGAGCCAGUGUAUUGUUUCUGCCAAACGCCAUCGUUGGGUAAUAUGAUCGCUUGCGAUAACUUAGCAUGUCCUAACGGGGAAUGGUUCCACUUCAAGUGUGUAGGGUUACUCAAUCGGGUGCAGGCGCUCAAGUUUACCCUGGGAAAUGAGAAGUGGUUUUGUAGUGAAAAGUGCCGUGAGGUUAGUCAGUCUACAAAAAAGAAUCAGCGGAAGGCACCGAAGAAGGCAUCAAAGAAGCAUUCAAGAAGGAAACGGUGGACUACAUAA